AUGAAGUACACCAUACAGGAAGACAUUGGUGCUCAUUUCCUACACAAAGUCGUAGAGGAAGUUAAGGAUGGAAAAACAUUCUCUUUUGUCAUUGACAACAUUGACUGGGAGGAGCAUGUUCAUGAAAUGCGGUCAGAUAACCAAAACGAGAGUGUGCAUGCCGUAGCAACAUCUAUAGUGUUUGAUUGUGUUUCAUCCAGCCACUUGCCAGAUGAAGAGCCACAGCAGUCCUUAGCUUCCUGUGAUGUUGUCAAAUUAGUCCAGUUAUCGGACAGUGAUAUUGCAUUAUUGAUAUUGAUUUAUAAGUCAAUAGCCGCACAUAUUCUUUGUGAAUACAUCCCAACCUUUAAAUUCCUCAAGGACUUGGUGACUCAUUUUGAUGUACCGAUGCAACAUAAGGUGGAGAUGCAACAAAAGUCCCUUGUUGUGCCCUUCCCUGUCCUGUUUAAAGAUGAAAAGAAAUAUGCAGAAAUUGUGCAUGUGUUGGAUCAGCUGGAAAAAUGGGUCCACCAAAUUUAUGCUCUGGCAGGCAAAAUUCCACCUGAAAAAGAUAUCUCAAAUGCCCACUAUGUGACCCUUCCAUCAGUACCAUCUACCUCCCAACCUGACCAGCCAUUAUCACAUGUCCACCCUGUUGCUGAUCCGAAUGAUCCCUUAGCAAAUUAG